AUGUUUAAGUUUGGUAGUAAGAAAAAAGAAGAGGCCAACAAAGUAGCAAAGGAUAAAUUAAUUGAAGUUGAAGUUCCAAAUGAAAAACUACCCAAAGAUGUCAAACCUCCAAAGCCAAAAAAUCUAACUGCUUCCCAAUUGGAGAUGUACGAGGAAACUUUGAAAUAUUUUCAAAAUAAAGACUUAAAGAUUUCAGAUAAAGAAAAAGAAUCCAAUGGUAAGAAAUCUGAAAUAACAGAUUUAGAAAAAGCCUGGUUAACAAGGGAAUGUAUUUUACGUUACUUGAGAGCUACUAAAUGGAACGUCAAAGAAUGCAUAGAAAGAAUAAUCUUAUCCUUAUCUUGGAGAAGAGAAUUUGGUAUAGCUAAUGUUGGGGAAGAAAAUGGUGACACAUUAACUUCCAGUAUUGUCAGUAAAGAAGCAGAAACGGGUAAGGAAGUUAUAUUAGGGUUCGAAAACGACGCUAGACCAAUUUUAUAUUUGAAGCCUGGGAGACAAAACACUAAAACAUCACACACUCAGGUUCAAUUUUUGGUUUUCAUGCUGGAAAGAGUCAUUGAUUUUAUGCCACAAGGUCAGGAUUCUUUAGCUUUAUUAAUUGAUUUUAAAGAAUACCCUGAUGUUCCACCUGUUCAGGGUAAUAGCAGAAUCCCUCCAAUUGGUGUUGGUAGAGAGGUUUUGCACAUUUUACAAACACAUUAUCCAGAAAGAUUAGGUAAAGCUUUAUUGACCAACAUCCCAUUUUUAGGUUGGACUUUUUUGAAAUUAAUUCAUCCUUUUAUAGAUCCAAUGACUCGUGAAAAAUUGGUCUUUGACAAACCAUUUACAGAUUAUGUUCCUAAGGAUCAAUUAGAAGUGAAUUAUGGAGGUUACUUAGAUUUUCAUUAUAAACAAUCCGUUUACUGGCCCAAAUUAUUGGAGAUUUGUGCUAAGAGUAGAAAGCAUUACUUGGAAAGAUUUAUCAAGUUUGGUUCCAAAAUAGGAUUAAGUGAGUUUGAUUUAAGAGGUGAUAACGAAGAACUAAUGUAUCCAGUGUAA